GAUGCGUGUCCAUGAACAGGUUAGUUGUAGUUACACUCUCCGGUCGGUAGAUGGCAGAGGUCUGCAGGCAGACCGUUUGUUUACACAUGUUGCAAUGGCGACCAUCACUGAACUGAAAUGUGCCGUGAGGGAUACACUGGAGUCCCGUGGUGUGCUCGGCCAGCUGAAGGCUCGUAUCCGGGCGGAGGUGUUCAGCGCCCUGGAUGACCAGCGGGAGCCUCGUCCGCCGCUGUCCCACGAAAACCUGCUCAUCAACGAGCUCAUCCGGGAGUACCUGGAGUUCAACAAGUACAGGUACACGGCGUCAGUACUGACAGCAGAGUCAGGCCAAGCUGAAGUUCCUUUGGACAGACAGUUCCUGGCAGAUGAGCUGAAAGUCACAGAGGAUUUAAGCUCCAAGUCUGUGCCUCUUCUCUACGGCUUGGUGAGCCACUUUGUCAACAGCAAUGAUAAUGGUGAAAAGGUAUUUCUGCGAGGAGCCUCUCUGCCAGCGGGUACUACUGGCAGCCACACAGUACCUGGACCUGAUGCUUAAAAGUUGAUGCUCUUAGUCCUGGAGCAGCAUGGACUGAGAAGACUCUUUUAUACUCCAAUAGAUGAUUUGAAGUGUUGCAGCAUCUUGUUGGAUUUGAUCUUCUCUAUAGUUUUCACCUGAGUGUAUCAGCAUUAAAGCACAGACUGUAUGAAUUCUGCUGAGCUGCUAAAAUGCACAAAGCCUUUGUAUUGCUUUUAAGUUGCCAGUCACACCAGAUGGCCUUUUUAUGUUUAGGUUUUAAUAUCUGCCUUUAGAUUGACCAUCAA